AUGUCGUCCUCUUCGAGUUCUUCCGACUCGUCCAACUCGUCCUCGAGCACCGAUACCAGUUCCUCAGACAGCAGUGAUAGUGAAGCAGGUACGGGAUCUAGUAGGACGCCCAAGAAGAAACCGAAGAAACAGCAUCAGCAUCCACCACAAGCUCACAAACCGGUGGCACCUGUGACGGUUGCGACUACCGUGCCCGCGCCAGUGUCCGUGCCGACUACGGUGGAGAUGAUGGCCCCAGCGCCGCCAGUGGACGUGAAGCCCGUCAUUGUGCCGCAGGAAGUGGUCCAACCGCAGCCACUGGAGCUUAAGGAGCCUGUACCCAUUCCGACGCCCGUGCUCUCUGUACCCACCUCAGUGCCCCAGCAACCUGCUAACAUUAUUCCCGAUUCUUCCAUCGCCCCGGUGGUGCGGGAUAUGGAGGACCAAAAACCUAUUCCUAAAAUUGAACCAAGAAAUGGCUUAGAUAAGAUGGAUGGGUCGCAAUACAUUGAUCCCAUUGAGAGGUCACUGGCAAGUCUAGAGCGAAGUCUUAAGGCUGACGUACCUAUGGAUGUAAACGUGGGAGUAUCAGAGACCUCAAUGCGACUAGAGGAGGAGUUUUCUCUACCGAAACCUCAGAUCAUGCCAGAUGCUGCCCAUCAAAACUUGAUGGCACAACUGGGUGGUUUAGCAGAGGUUGCUCGAGUACCAGAACAGAUUAAAUCUGAAAUGUUUAUGCCACCGCACAAUGGGUUUGUGGACAAGAUGCAACAUGAACGUGAGAUGUUGCGACCUGACAUGAAUCCUAUAAUUCCUGGUAUGACAGGGGUGCCUCAGGUGACAUCCAUAUUUGACCCAAUACCCACAGCACAACAUAGUGUAAUCUCACAAUCCCAUCUUACUAUGCCCAAUGCGCCGUGUCUUAUUACACCUGCAGCGAAAAAAGAAGAUGUGAAGCCUUUACUCACACCGAAACCAAUCGAAGACCUAAUGGGAAUUCCGAAUAUGGUUUCUAAUAAUAUGUCUGACCGCGUCAAGUACGAAAUGGAGAAGAAAAUUGAGGAUUCCAAAAAUACUAACUUUGCACAAGCUUUCAAGCUCAAACAGGAACAAAAUUUAAAAAAUGCAAGCUCUUGGUCUUCUCUUGCACAGGCUGGCAGUCCACAGAGUAUACCAAAUAUGGGACCUAAUCAUCAAAUUAAACAGAAGCCUGUUAUGGAUAGUUUUCAGGCAUUCAAGAAACAAGCUAAAGAGAAAAUUGAUCGCCAAAGAGCUCUUAUUGAACAGCAAGAGUUGAGGAAAAAGGAACAAGCAGAGAGAGAAAGACAGCGCCAAGAGACUGAAAGGCGACAACCAGAUGAAGAAAAAAUGAGGGUGGCUCAAGGUGUGCGCAAAGUGGAAAGUGCAGAGGUGGCUUCCCCGCGCGUGUCCCCAGUGGCGCGCGCCUCCCGCCCGCCGCGGCCGCUGCUGCCGCCGCCGCCGCGCCCGACAAGCCGGCCGCCUCCGAGCGCGAGCGGCUGCGUCAGCGGGAACAGGAGCGCCGCAGACGAGAGGCUAUGGCGGGUCAAAUAG